AUGCUCCUCAAAAUCCUCACAUUAACCACCACCCUAACCACCCUCCUAACACAAACAACCUGCAUCCCCCUCUCCCCAUCCUCAUCCUCACCCUCCUCCCCAUCCUCCUCAUCAACUCCCUCCUCAACUCUCGACACCCCCGACGGCCUCUCCUCCGCCCUUGCCCAAAUCAUCGUCGACGAAACCAUCGCCGACUCCAACAACUCCACCUGUCCCCCGUCCAACCGCUCCAAACAAUGCUGCGAAUCCAUCAACGAUAUCGCGUCCCAGAUCACUCAGCCUUUGGGGAUGUUGAUUCCAUGGAUCGGGGGCAUUGAUAUUAGUUCCGUGUUGGGGUUGGAUUGUACAGGAAUGAGCGACGAUACGCCGAAUGAUCAGUGCUCGCAUCAGGUUAUGUGUUGUGAUGGGCAGCCGAAUUCCGAAGGAUCUUCCCAGCCCAUUUCGUCGGCUUGCAAACCGUUCGACGAUGCGAUCAAGGAUAAGAAUGAUGCUAUUAAUGAUAGUAAGCAGAGGGAGAGCAUGUUGGUGGCGCAGGCUUCGGCUUCGGCUUCUGCGUCGGCGUCGGCGUCGGCAUCUGCCAGUGCUUCUGCCAGUGCGGGUGCUAGCUAG